UCUUCCAAGGCUCUAUUCUAGGGUUUUGUCCGAACUCGAAACGGUUUCAGAAAAUAAUGGCGACUUUUGGCGGCAACUUCCUCUGCAGAACUUCACUCGGGCUUCAAGGUCGAGUCCUCUUAAUUCCCUGGAUGAAGAAGAGUAGCGGCAUUCGAAGUUCGAUUGGCAAAGCCAAUAGUUCUUCAUUUCCAGUCAAGUACAUUCCGAAGAAAAUUAGGAGUACUGAAAAGCUUCAGACUUCUUCUACGACUAUGAAGGGCCCCAAGGAUGAAGUUAGUAUGAAUGGAUUCGAAGAAAAUGAGUUGAGUUUGGAGGUUCCAAACGAAAGGAAGAGUUCACAGACUGAAAAGCAUCAGACUUCUUCAACAACUAUUAGGGGUCCAAAAAAUAAAAUAAGUAGUAAUGGGUUGGAUGAAAAUGAAUUGAGGUUUGAGGUUUCAAAUGGUGGGAAGAGUUCACAGAGAAGCUUUGUUUUGGAUAAGAAGUCACAAAAUCAAAAUCAGAUUCGAACACCCUUUCUUUACUUCACCCCUGAUGUCAAUCAAGAAGUGGGAGAACUGAAAAGUAGGAGUACUGAAAAGCUUCAGACUUCUUCUACAACUAUGAAGGGUCCCAAGGAUGAAGUUAUUAUUAAGGGAUCCGAAGGAAAUGAGUUGAGUUUGGAGGUUCCAAACGAAAGGAAGGGUUCACAGACUGAAAAGCUUCCGACUUCUUCGACAACUAUUAAGGGUCCCAAAAAUAAAAUAAGUACUAAUGGGUCGGACGAAAAUGAAUUGAGGUUUGAGGUUUCAAAUGGUGGGAAGAGUUCACAGAGAAGCUUUGUUUUGGAUAAGAAGUCACAAAAUCAAAAUCAGAUUCAAACACCCCUUCAUUACUCUACCCCUGAUGUCAAUCAAGAAGUGGGAGCAGGCAUUGAUUUUGAUACGGGAUUGCUGGAGACUGAAUGCAUUGAAGAGCGCGAGGAGGUUGUGGAGGAAUUGGAUAUGUAUGAGAAGAACCUUCACACACAAGAUGUGUUGCAAGUUGGUAAAACUGAACAAGAUGCAGAGAAUUUGGCUAUUGAAUUACUUGCGAUGAGAGCCUAUACAGCUGUUGAGUUGAGAAAGAAACUGCUAGGGAAAAGAUUUCCUCUUGAUACGGUUGAUGCAGUGAUAUUGGACUUCCAGAGCAGGGGUUUGAUCAACGAUGGCUUGUUUGCCGAAACAUUUUGCCAGUCCAGGUGGUCUUCCUCUAGUUGGGGACCAAGGCGGAUUAAGCAAGCAUUGCUCCAGAAAGGGGUAAGGGAAGCUGACGCAGAGAAGGCAAUAAACUACGUUUUUAAGGAUAGUAAUUCUGAUGGAGAGGAAGAAUCCACGCACGGCUUGUCUAAAACCUCAAUAGAUAAGUUACUUGCUCAGGCCUCAAAGCAGUGGCUCCGGGGUCGGGAUGCCACCAAAGAAACUCGCAAAACAAGGAUUAUUAGGUGGCUUCAGUAUCGCGGCUUCAACUGGGGUGUCGUUAACUUUAUCGUGAAGAAGUUAGAAUCUCAGUGCCCCCCUUGAAGCACAUUUUAAGAAGAAAUGGGGGAGUUUUACAGGUUAAAUCUGUCUUUUUUUUUUAAUCACUGAAGCAUUCAUUCCUCAUGGUACCACAGCCGAGAAGUUGGAGUCAGUUUGGGCCUCCACUGGGACAAACUGCUUUCUUUUUCAGCCCACCCAGUGCCAACCUGGUACAGAGAACUGUAGGACAUGACUUCAAAGAGAGAAAACGAAAGAUGGCAACACUUGGCUACUAUUCGCCAGAUCAACAUCUUCCGCGGAAACCAUAGUUGUCACCGAUUAGUGUACUGUAUAUGUGAUGUAAUUGAACCAAACAAUGGAUUAGGCUAGUGGGCCUGCCCCUUGCACCUCAUUGCACCUCAUUAAGAAGUGAAGAGUUUGAGUCUCCCCCGUGUGGAGUUUUUUUUUUGGAUUCGGAGAGGUGCAGUGACUGGUCAGGUGUUUGUGAGCUAGUUUGGGUCUGCAACAGGUCUGUGAGUUGAUCAGAAUCGUCCAUGUUGUGGGGCUUGUCAAGUUAAUCAUGCACAAAAAAGUAGUAACUGAUCGGACAUCGCUAGCCACAUAAUCGAAAGUCAACGAUUCUGAUCAACUCACGGAAUACAGGAUGGGACUCACGUUAGCUCACACAGCAGAAGGUGCACCUAGUGAUUCAGGUUGUCUCUCUUUUUUGUGUUUUGUUAUGGUUUUGGGGGUUUUAGUGGACACUAGCGAUGGGUUUUGCUGGGCUUCCUAAUUUGAUGUAGCUCUUGUGAUUAUGGGUAAAUUCUCACUUAGAAAUUGACAAAUUGUGGUCAUUAUUCUCUUACCUUAUUGUGAUGGGUUUUACCAUUUUGUUUU